UUCAAAUCUUCUUUUCAUUGAAUUCAGCAAUUUAAUUUGAUACUACAUUGAUUAAAAUACAUAGUAUUGAUUUUGUUUGGGGCACUUGUAAGAAACCAGAUCCAAAUGGUGGUUGUUUAAUUUUUUUGUUUUUUGAUUUUAUUUUAUUUUUUUCUUAUUGAUGAUUGCCAUAAGCAAACCCACAUGGGAUGUCUUAUCACAAUACUGUAUACGGUGGUUAUGCAAGCAGCCAAGUCUUUUAAUGCACUGAGAGAUGUAAAUCUCCUGAAUACAUGUUUACUAAUUUGUGUGGUAAAAUAACUAAAACCUAAAUCCUCACCCCAAAUAAAAUUUUCUUUUUUUGGUGGAAUGGCAUUAGACAUUUAAGAUUUUAUUAAUUUAUACAACAGAUUCCUUUUUAAAUCUUUUAAAUCAUUUUUCGCAAAAGUACAAUUUUCUUUUACCAUUCUACAGUUUGUCUGCAUCAAAACUCGUAUGAAAUGGUUAAUUUUUCUUUUGUUUAAUGAAGUAGUCAGAUUUUCAUGGCUACUGUAUUGCAUAUGAGCCAAAGACUCUGAGUCUUGUUAGUUUCUUCAAACAGUCUAUAAAAGAACAUGUGCUGGCUUGAAGUUUCUUCUCAGCGUAGUGUUUUAAGAGUGCUUUUACUGAAAUUGAAGUGGUGUUACAGUUGAAAUUAAAUCAGUAUAAAUUUUUUUAAAACUGAAAUUGGUACACCCAGACUGGCAGGCCCAGUUUGUCUGUUUGAGAUGUUUCAGGGAGUUGGAGGUUCAUUUUAAUGUAGUUGCUUUUUUAUUGUUUUAUUAUUUUUGUUAACUCGAUUUUCUUGUUGAACAGUGGUGUGCACUGAAUUGGAAAGCUAUUUUAAAAGCACCGUUAUAAAUGUAUAUAAUUUGUAAAUACCAAGUUUUUUGAGUAUUUGGGUUUCUUCAUUACUACACAUCUACACAUACUCAUGGAUGACACUACAAGAAGUCAAUUUAGUAGAAUUGCAGAACAGCUGGGCUGGACACAUCGUGGAGAUUUGGACAAAACAGAGACGGAGCUGUUAAAGAGCAUUGGAAAAGGAAAACCGCCUGCAUUGCUUGGCUCUGACUAUUUAGUGGACAUUGAGAAUCAACCCAGAAAAUGGAAGCCAUCUGACAGUGAAAGGGUUUGCAGUACUGCCAAAUCCAAUGCAGACUUGCCAGACAGUGAUGUCUUCAAAGGUUUUCAUCAGCUUAAGAUUGAACUGCACUCCAGUGAUGAUGAGGAAUUUGAACAAUUUGUGUUCACAAAGACUGAACAGAAGGCUUCCAGAAACAAACCUCAUCACAAGUGCCAGUCAGAAAAGGAGGAAGAUCCCAGGAUUGCUGUUAUUAGUUCAGAGAGUGAUGAGAACUUUGAAGAUUUUCUGCGACAAGUGAAAACUCCUAAGAAUAAAUCUGCUCCUCUGAUGGAAUGUAAUAGUGCUAAAAGCCUGAAAGAUUUUAUUGUAAAUUCAUCAUCCGAUGAAGACUUCGUUUUAACAAAGAAAAACUUUGCCUCUGGGAAGAAAGGUCUUAGAAGUACACCAGCCAGUCAAAUGCGAUCAAAGGAGAAGCCUGAAUCUUUUAGUUCACCUGUCUUUCUCGACAGUAGUGAUAGUGAAGAUGAUGGGAUUAUAAUAAAGUCAACGUGGAGGUCACGUCACAGCAAAAUACAAUCUAAUUCAAGGACCAGUAGUUUUAAAGAUUCUUUAAAUUUUAAGACUAGCACAAGUCCAACAGAAAAGCUACCUCUUGGGGAUGUGAAUUCAGGUCUUGUCAAAGGUAAAGCCCUUUCCAGUAAUGAAGUAACCAAAGAUUGGAAAGAUUUGCUUCAAAAAGAGAAUAAAUGCGAAUCUGCAUCAGUCCAUUAUGGAAAGAAAUUCUUUCAUGCCACUGACAGCUCUGGAAACUCUGAGGAAGAGAUGGCAUCACUAAUGGAAAGAAUAAGACAGAAGAAUCAAGGUUUCAGAUGUAGCUCAACAGUUGCAAAAACUCCAAGCAAAGAUGAAAUCUUAAAGGACAAAAAUAGGAAGCCUGAAGGAUACCCGAAGACAAAGAAACCGAAUAAAAUCUCUACACCCAUAUCUGCACCACCAAGUACAGAGUUUUCUUCCAGUCAGACUCCAGUUCACCUCACUGUAAGAAAAUUUGGUAUAAGUCAGAGUGAGAAAAAGCCUUCACGGGACAGGGGAGUUAAAUGUUCAAUCCCAGGAUGUUUCCUACAGGAUCUCUCUGAUUCAAGUUUUGAUUACACCAAAAACUUUAAAAAGAAACGAGAGGAGCUAACCAAGUCUCUGUUUGUUCUGUAUAAUUCUAGCAUAUUUCAAAAUAAGCUCCCUGAAAACAUGGAAGUAACAUGGAAUAAAAAGAUGACAAAAACAUCAGGUUACUGUGUUACAGGACAACGGAAAGGUACUGACGGACAACGAUAUGCCCGGAUAGAACUCUCGGAUAAAGUAUGUGAUUCAGCAGAGCGUUUGCGGGACACACUUGUUCAUGAGAUGUGCCAUGCAGCCACUUGGCUUAUUAAUGGUGUGAGAGAUGGUCAUGGGACAUUGUGGAAGCUUUAUGCCAAGAAGUCUACUCUCGCUCACCCUGAACUUCCAAUGGUGACGAGAUGUCACACGUAUGAAAUAAACUACAAAUACCAAUACCAGUGUACCAGAUGCAAGCACACGAUUGGCCGUCACUCCAAGUCUCUGGACACUCAGCGUUUUGUGUGUGCUUUCUGCCAGGGUAAGCUAAUACUGAUGAAUCCAUCAAAUAAGAAACAGUCUUCCAAUGAGGGAAAACUCACACCAUUUGCAGCUUUUGUCAAGGAAAACUACAAGACUGCUAAAAAUGAACUAUCAGGUAUGCAACACGGGGAUAUUAUGCGUAAAUUGAGUGCUGACUUUGCAUUGAAAGCUCGUGUUUCAGAGUCCUGAAGGUUGAUAAUUCUACUGUAAAAAUGAUUUUU